UGCAAAACAACAAAAUCUUAUUCCUUUUUCAAUUUGUCAUGUUCCCGAGUUUAGGUUCCCAAAAUUAGAAAGUCUAAAGAUUAGGUUGGGUCUUAGACCGCCAUUUUUGUCUCUUAGCAAAAAAUGAAUCUCAGGUUUCAUUUAAAUUAAUUCUCUCUGUUCUUCUUUGCUGUAACGAAAUCUUGAAGAGCUCCAUAAUACAUCGGAAUCUUUUAUUUUUCAAUGUUAUCUCGCAGAUCCCUAUGCACCUCCCAUCACUUGCUGUCUCGUAUUCUUUCUCAAUCUCAAUUCCUCGGUGGAUUAGCGAUCUCUCGUUCUGUUCUCUAAUGGGUUUGAUAGGUCAGAGAAAAUUGAUCUUUUGACUCAUCUGGAUUCGUUUCUUCGUGCUCAUCGUAAAAAAAAACAGUGAUUAGGUUCUCGUCUUUGAGUCAGAGACAAUGGAUAUAAGCAAUGAAGCAGGCGUUGAUGCGUUCUCAAUUAUAGGACCCACGUCUAUAAUCGGUAGAACAAUUGCCUACCGGAUCUUGUUCUGCAACUCAGUGUCUAUAUUCAGACACAAACUCUACAGAUUUCUCAAGUUUUUUCUCAGAGGAGGCAGGGUUUUACUAUCACCGUUUGUGUCCUUACUACAUCCCAGGAAUCCACAAGGGAUAUUAGCAAUGGUGAUGACGAUGGCUUUUCUGUUGAAUCGCUACACAAGCCUAAAAGCAAAGGCUGAGAUGGCUUACAGGAGAAAAUUCUGGAGGAACAUGAUGAGAGCUGCAUUGACAUACGAGGAAUGGUCUCACGCCGCAAAGAUGCUUGAUAAAGAGACUCCGAAGGUGAACGAGUCAGAUCUCUUCGAUGUGGAGCUCGUGAGGAAUAAGCUUGAGGAGCUUAAGCAUAGGCGUCACGAGGGAUCUCUAAAAGAUAUUAUCUUCUGUAUGAGAGCUGAUCUUGUUAGGAAUCUCGGUAACAUGUGUAACCCUGAGCUUCACAAGGAAAGGCUUCAUGUGCCGAGAUUAAUUAAAGAGUACAUCGAUGAGGUUUCUACACAGCUCAGGAUGGUAUGUGACACGGACACUGAAGAGCUUCCUUUGGAGGAGAAACUCUCUUUUAUGCAUGAAACUAGACACGCGUAUGGCAGAACGGCUCUGCUUCUGAGCGGAGGAGCUUCUCUAGGGGCUUUCCAUCUUGGUGUGGUGAAGACGCUUGUGGAACAUAAGCUCUUGCCGAGAAUUAUAGCCGGAUCAAGCGUGGGAUCCGUAAUGUGUGCUGUUGUGGGGACAAGGUCAUGGCCUGAGUUACAGAGCUUCUUUGAAGGCUCUUGGCAUGCUUUGCAGUUCUUUGAUCAGAUGGGAGGGAUUUUCACUACUGUGAAACGGGUUAUGACUCAAGGCGCAGUGCACGAGAUCCGGCAUUUGCAAUGGAAGUUGAGGAAUCUCACCAACAACCUUACAUUCCAAGAAGCUUACGACAUAACAGGACGGAUUUUAGGGAUAACAGUUUGUUCCUUGAGGAAACACGAACCGCCUAGAUGUCUCAAUUAUCUGACUUCUCCUCAUGUUGUAAUAUGGAGUGCAGUGACUGCAUCUUGUGCUUUCCCAGGUCUUUUUGAGGCUCAAGAACUCAUGGCCAAAGAUAGAACUGGAGAGAUUGUUCCUUAUCACCCACCUUUUAACUUAGAUCCUGAAGAAGGCUCAGGAGAAUCACUUCGGCGCUGGAGGGACGGUAGUUUGGAGAUGGACUUACCGAUGAUGCAACUCAAAGAGCUUUUCAAUGUCAACCAUUUCAUUGUCAGUCAAGCCAACCCUCACAUAGCACCCUUCUUGAGGAUGAAAGAGUUUGUUAGAGCUUGUGGAGGUCGAUUUGCUGCAAAGCUCGCUCAACUAGCAGAGAUGGAAGUGAAGCAUAGAUGUCAUCAAGUACUAGAACUCGGGCUUCCUCUAAGAGAAGUAGCUUCCCUAUUUGCUCAAGAAUGGGAAGGUGAUGUCACUAUCGUCAUGCCAGCUACUUUUUCUCAGUACUUAAAGAUCAUACAGAACCCUAGCAAUGUAGAGAUUCAAAAGGCGGCAAAUCAAGGAAGGAGAUGCACCUGGGAGAAACUAGCAGUCAUCAAAGCAAACUUCGGGAUCGAACUAGCACUCGACGAGUGCGUCGCCGUUCUUAACCACAUGCGCCGCCUUAAACGCAGCGCUGAAAGAGCCGCUGCUUUCUCAGCCAUCUCUUCCUCCCCACCAUCUAAACAUCUCUUAGCCGGAGCCAACAGAUUCAACGCCUCUAAACGAAUCCCUUCCUGGAACUGCAUAGCUCGUCAGAACUCAUCCGGAUCCGUCGACGAUGAUGUGCUCGCCGAAGCUUCACGGUUAUACCAGCACAUCGUGGUUGGAUCCGGGAAGCCUAGUAAUCGAACCAGCAACUUAAGCCACGCAGGAAGCGAAGUAGAAUCUCCAGAAGCUGAAGACUGGACGAGAUCUGGUGGACCGUUGAUGAGGACGUCGUCAGCCCAGAUGUUCACUGACUACGUCCAGAAUCUCAACGCCGCCGCUGAUCCUGAACAGACGACGAUUGGAGGUGACUCCGAUAGAGCUCCGGAGGUAGAAUUGAACGCGGCUGCUGCUUCUCCUUCUUCCAGCAUCACGGUUACAGAAGGAGAUUAUCUUCAGACGGGGAGGACACAUAACGGAUUCGUGUUGAAUCUUGUUAGAGGAGAGAAUCUGAGGAUGAAUCAGGAUCUGGAAGAUAGCGAAAACGAAUGUGAAACUCCGGAGAGCGUGCAGCUCGAAUCGCCGGAAAAGGAUAUUAUUGACGGAAAUAGCUCGGCGUCUGAAGACGGAGACACUAGUACUACUGCUCAGGCGAAUCUAACCCACGAGUGAGUGACUCUACUGUAUUGACUAACCAAGUCAAAGGGAAGGACUAGGUUGCAAAAAUGCAAACUUCUCCUAUACAGUGUUUCAAAAAUUUUGUAGAAUAGUCCUCUAAAUUUGAGAAAAUCUCAAUUUUGCCUUGAAGCUGCUUUAUGAUCCAAAUUUCACCAAAACUUUUUUUUGUUAAUUUCUUCUUCUUCUUUUUUUUUUUUUU